CAUGUCUGAAGUUUUGGAACGAACGAUAUCAUCUUUAAAUUCUGUCCUCUUUGGAACUAGUACUACAGAAACAUCUAAAUUUCAUCAGAAUUUCGUUUCUUCUCUACAGAGAGCUCAAUCGCCUUACGAAGAAAGCGAUAUAAUUACUGCUGAAAUUGAGAAACAAAAAGAAUUGCUCAUAAGAACAGAUACGAGUGAGCUAGAUUUACAAUUUAAUUUUCUACAGCAUACCAUAAGAGAAGUAAUCUCUCGAGCUUGUAUUUGUUUCCUCUAUGGGUUUAAUGUGGAUCAUGCUAUUUUACCAGCUAUCAAUAUGGUUGGUAAACCUUCUCUCCUGUCGAAGAGAAUAGGUUAUACAGUCUGCGGAAUACUUAUGAACUCUAAGAGCCGACAUAUUAAUAUGCUAGUAAAUACUGUUCAAAAGGAUUUAAAAAGUACUAAUAUGGCAGAGAAUCAUUACGCAUUAAUAGCUGUGACUCAGCUAAUUCCUACGGAUAUUAUGCCUUUAUUCGUUCCAAUUCUAUUGGAUAAACUUUCUCAUCCAAGUCCGGGCUUAAGGAGGAAGGCCGUUUAUGCAUUUCAUCACAUACUUAAAAUUGAUCAAGAGUUGGUAUCUCAUUUGAAUCAUAAGUUUAUUUCUUUACUUGGGGAUAAAGAUCCACAAGUCGUUGGUGCUGCUAUUCAAUUAUUAAUUUCUGUUGCAAAACAAAACUCUACUGGAUUGAAAGAUAUAAUUCCAGCUAUAACAUUUUUUGUAGAACAAAUUCUCAAUGGUAAACUAUCGAAAGAAUUUCAUUACUGUACAAUGAUUGCUCCUUGGUUCCUUUUGGAUACAGUAUCUUUAUUUAGCAUUGUGCUUGAAAAUAUACCUGAAGCUAGUACUGCUAUUUAUCCUGUUAUUACUAUUAUAAUUCAACGAAUUAAUAUGUCGGAAAAUAUUGGAUUAGCAAUACUAUAUGAAUGCGUUAUUUGCGUUCUUAAAAUGAAAGAGCAACCAUUUUUAAUUGACCAUAUUAAAAAAUGCACCGCGAAGUUAUUAUCAUCUCAAUUUCCGAAUAAUCUAUUAACUGGUUUAAAUAUCUUAUUGAAAUUGACUGAAAUAGAUUCAAAGUCGUGCAUUGAACACCAGAAUUUAUUAUUUAACUGUUUAACUAUUCAGGAUAAUUCUAUACGAUCAAAAGCGUUCGAAAUUCUUUUCUUAAUUACAAACAUAUCUAAUGCCACUGCCGUUUGCUAUCAAAUAUUAAAAAGAAUUACAGAUUCUUCUUCCAAUGAUAAACAUGAACAAGAAAAAUUAGCGAAAUACUUAUAUGAAAUUAUUGAAAGAUACUUUCAAGUUAGUCAACAAUGGAUGAAUAUCUUUGUAAAAAUUUGCAAAAUGAAGGAACUAACUCUUUCUAGAUCAUGCGGCUAUAGGAUUGAAACUGCUUUUGAAGCUCUACGAAGUGAGUCAUUUGAACCUAAGGGCAUUCUUGUAGAGAGUGUCAAGACUAUGUGGUCAAUUUUGUGUGAUAAUGAAUCUGAUGGAAUGAGUAACAAUGCUCUAUUCACUCUUGUCUUGUGUGUGGUCAGCUAUAGAUAUGAUGCUGAUAUAGAAUGCGAAAGUAUUCUCCUGAGAAUGCUAAACAUGUUUCAGUCAUCUAAAAAUAAUAAGAAUUUACGAAUGUUUCUCGUUGACUUGAUUAUUACUCAUCUCUUGCAUGAAUUUUGCAAGAAUAAAGAUGAUUACUUUAGAGAAAUGCUACAAACUAUCGAACCUAAUGAAUUUUUACUGAGAGCAAAGAUGAACGAACUAGAUUGUUGUUGUUCUAUUGAACACGACAUUGCAAAGUUUGAUUAUUCCAAUCAGGAUUAUACUUUGUCACAAUUGGAUGAUGUGGUUGCCGACUCUUUACAGAACGGUGCGAAACCUUACAAAAAACCAUCUGCAAAAGCUAUGGCCACUUCUGACGGCAGUAGAAUAUCGACAGAUAGCGAUUUGAGAUCAUUUAAUAGAGAUCACUCAACAGAUAGUGAUAGAAAUUCAUCGAUGUAUAUUGGUGCUGGACUAUGGUCUAGUCAAAAGCUUGAACCAACACUUGAUGUAAGGAAAACUAUAUGGUCUUCUGAAGGACAACUAGUGUCGGACGAGGAUACUCUAAUUGAUUAUAGAUUUGUGCCAAAAACGAAUGUUGAAGACGGGGAGACCAGUUCUCAUAUUCUGCCGAAUAUGGACGCCAAUCAUUGGUCAGACAAUCUUGUUCAAACUAUAUUCAAAGAUAUAGACGAUGGAGAAAAGACUGAAGAGGAGGAGGAAGAAAUCGAUACAGGUGCAACAGUUUCACCAAUUAAAAAAAUUUUAAGUUCCGAGGAGCUACACGAUUCUCUGGAAGAACCUUUGCAUUUACCCGAAGCGCUUUUUAAAGGUGUUGAAAACACUGCUGAUUAA